AUGGUAUCUACUUCCGGAAGCCACAUCGGAAGCACUUCUUUGUAAGUUGACAUCCCAUUAUGUAAUACUAAAGCAGAUGCCAUACAGUUGUCACGAUCCAGAAUUCUGUAUGCAUCCUACUGACAACGCGACGCAAUUGGACGAAAUGAAAUGGCCAGAGAAGAUACGAGACUACGUGCAUUGCAUGGACUUGGUAUGCCAAUGUGGUGCUUUCAAUGGUACUGUUGUAGGCAACAACUGUGUGUUACAAAAUGGCAAAGUGCUACGAAAGGCGUUGAGGAAAGAAUUCAGACAAUUGACAACAGAAGAACGUGUCGCCUACACGGUAAGAAAUUUCUAGAAUAAAAAACUUGAAAUUAGUAUAAUGUUGUCAUAAAAAUUGAGUUAUCAAACAUCACCCAUAUCAACAUACAUAGAACAGUAUAAAACCUAAAACAUAACCUCUUCAGAGUGUUCUACAACAACUCCACCAAGAAGGAGUACUAAACUACCUUGGUACACUCCACAAGACAGCUGGAAUCCAUUCUGGUCCAGCGUUCUUCCCUUGGCACAGAGAGUUCUUCAAAAGAACCGAGCUUCUGCUUCGUACCUACAAUCCCGAGAUUGCCAUUCCUUAUUGGGACAGCACUUUAGAUAACUAUCUUGCAGACCCAUAUUCAUCAAUGAUGUUCACAUACGACUUGUUAGGAGAGCCAGGAGAACGAGGAUACGUUUACAACACCGUCUUUUCAAACUGGACGACGAUGGAUGUAAGAACAGGUUUGAUGUGCUAUAAUCAUAUCGUAGUAGAGAUUUAAAAAAAAAUAUUUUUAUAUUUUUAAAUAAGUUACUCUAAAAUGAGGAAGACAUCACAACUUUUACCCAAAAUGUUGUUUUAGGGGAGACCCACGUGGUACCGAUCCUUCGGCAAAGAACCAGAUGGAGAACUCUUUAAUAACAAGAGAAUCGAAUGGGUAAUGUCCCAAACUGACGUUCACUACGUUCUAACGUACAGUUUACCUCUAAUUGUAAGUUUCCAAAAGAAUAAAAGAUUUUGUCGCAAAAUAAACACCAAUAGUCGAGGUUUCCACCGUUAAAUUUGUGACAUUUCGUUAAUUAAAAGAGAACUGUUGCAGAAAAAUUAUUUUAUAGCUGUAGCCUGCUAAUUAAUAAUAAUUUAGGGUUGUAAAGGAUAUUAUUUGGAUGAGCGUUUUCUGGAAUACUCACACGACUAUGUGCACUACUUUAUGAGUGGAGAUAUGCAAGAUAGGGCGACGUCAAGCAAUGACCCUGCCUUCUUCUUGCACCAUUCUUUUGUGGACUCAAUUUGGGAAGAUUGGCGACAAGCUAAACAGGUAAAUUUGUAAAUUUCAUUGACUUUAAGUAUUUUUAGAUAAAAUUAGUUUGAAAAACUAUGAAUUUAUUGGUUGGGUCGGCAUAUUAAAAACUUUCAUAAAUUCACAAAAAAUUAUUACUUUGAUCGAUUAUCUGAGGCAAUAAUGCAAAAUUAUUACGAAACUAUGUUUUUCACUAUAAAAUACUGUUAUCGAAUAUUAAAGUUUGUUAAAUAGACAUUAUGCUUGUUGUUUAGAGACCAGAACAACGUGAAGAAGACUGGCCCAUCGAUAACCUGGAAUGUGCACCAGGUUGGCACUUCAAAAACGCGUCAAUGCCAUUAUUGAAACCGUUUAAAAACAAGGAUGCUUUGUCAAGGAAAUACACAGAAAAUCUAUUUUCUUACGCUUCGAGACCAACUUGCACUAAUGAGACGAAGGAUUGUGGAUCUGAGUAGGUUAACAUCAUUUCUUGUUAGAACUGUUACCUAAAAUUGAUGAAAAAUGCAAUGUUAUUGAUUUUUUAAAAGUUUUGCGCUUUUAUUUGCAAAAGUUUGUUCUAAGGUAAUGUUUUAUGUACUUCCGUUUCAGAUUCUUAUUUUGUGACACCGUAACUACUCCAGAAUCUCCACAUUGUGUAGCUAAGGUGAAGUUUACUGGAAGUUGUACUGGCUUUGAAUGGUCUGAUGACAUUUGUUAUUUUGGUAAAUGUAUCAAUGGAACCUGUCAACCAAGAAAGGAAGAUGUACCACUUGGUUUCCCUACACCACCAACUUUUGUCAUACCUGAAAAUCAUCCUUUCUUCACUCAUCCAAAGAAAAUAGGACCGAAGGGAAAGGGAAAUGGUGACGAAAGAAAGGAAAAUGAGGUUAAAUUAGAUAAUGAUGACAACAAAGAUAAGGUUAACAGCAAAUUUGUUCAAGAAGAGGCCAACAGUUCUAAUGACGGAGAUUCUAGCGAUGAUUCUGAAGAUGAAAACUUUCUGUCUAAAGAGCCUUCUGGUAGUAUAGAGAAGACUGCUGUGAAGCUGGAAAGUGAGACCUUGAAGAUCAAAGCUCCAAGAAGGACGGAAUUCGUUUCAAAAACGUCCAGAUUCAUGUAG